CCCGUGCCAUCGAAUCGGUGUUUUCCUUCGGCGAGCCGCGAGCGAAACAGAAUCAUUCGAGAGACCAGACAUCUCGUGCUCCCGAUGGACUCCGCCUCACCGCCCUCCCCGCCGCCGGCGGCGCCGCCGCAGGCGUCCGCGCCAGCAGCCAGUGGGGCAUCCAAUGCAAGCCUGCGGUGGCGGAUCCUUCGCCGCACCCUGCUCGCGCGCUCCGCUUCCUCCUCCCGCGCACCAGAGGAAACUUCUAACGACCAGCAGGAUAAAAAUGAUACAAACAAAAUUUCCAGAAAGACAUCCCGUGGCUUUGAUCUGAUUGAGUGUCAUGUGCUGCCAAUUUCCCAGUUAACUAAAUCACAUGCAGAUUCAUCAAGUAGAAAUGAGAAUAUUGUGGAAUGCAAUAGCGAUGUUUAUGUUUGUUAUAAGUUGCCAUGUGAAGGUUCACCUAAACUUAAUCUAGUAUACAGAAGAGAGGAUUCCCUUGAACUAAAUGACAUUGUAGCUUCUAACAGACACAACAUUGACACUACUGGACUUGUAUGUUGUUGGCCGUCAGAAGAGGUCCUUGCAUACUACUGUAUCAACCAUUCGGAUAUGUUCAGGUCCACAAAGGUGCUUGAGCUUGGAUCUGGUUAUGGAUUGGCUGGACUUGUUAUUGCAGCCAGCACAGAUGCUGAUGAGGUUGUUAUUUCGGAUGGAAAUCCACAAGUAGUUCAAUAUAUUCAGCAGAAUAUAUCCAUCAAUGCAGAAACUUUUGGUCAAACAAAAGUUAAAUCUAUGAUUCUUCAUUGGGAUCAUGAGCCUGCUUCAGAAAUUAUUAGUUCCUUCGAUAUAAUUGUUGCAAGUGACUGCACAUUUUUCAAGCAAUUCCAUGGGAGCCUUGCAAGGGCAGUCCGAUCCUUGUUGAAGCAUUCAGAAACCUCACAGGCCAUAUUUUUGAGCCCGAGGAGAGUACAACAGAAUUGGAUAUUGGUUGAUAUUAUCUUGACAUCAUCCUUUUUUUCCCGUCGUGUCCGAAAAAAAAGUUUUCUUUGACUUUGCACAGCCUUGGACUCUUGAUUAGUGACGACACAAGUUAUUGGAUGGUUGCUGAUUUGCUGCAUCAACACCUCCGUGUUGGUUUUAUCAUGAUCAUGUCGCUACGUCUGCAUGUCUGGCGUCAUCACAAUUUUCAAAUGCAAUUGCUUCAUGCAGUAUCCACUGCAACAGCGUUGUAUUGAUUAAGAAAUGCCAGCAAGGAAGCCAGUGUUCAUAGAUGACUACUUACCUGUUGAUGUUUCUGAAGUAGGUAGUAAUAUUUAAGUAGACAGCCCAUACUUCCUUUAGCAUCGCAGCUGUAAGGACACCCAGCAAUCUUUACUUUUGCCUUGUUUUUAAGCAUUUUUUCAGAUUCCCUAAUUCUAUUAUGCGAAUGGAUCAUUAAGAUUUGAGCUUUGAUGGCCAGAACAAUGUGUACAUAGUGAGGACUUGGUAACGGUGCGCAACAAUAUCAGAUAUGUGGUUUGAUACUAG